AUGCUUCUAAAAGCUGCAGCGAAAGAUCGGAAUAUGAAGUACGAUUUUUGCGUCGAGUCUCUUGAAUCGAAUCCUCAUAGCAAAAGUGCAACAAGUAUCAAAGGAUUGGAUUACAGAAGAGCUAAUGAGUAUCUGAUUUCAGCUUUUGAUGCACCGAGAAUUUGUGAAGAUAUAUUCACAAAAAUCAAGAAAGCAAAAUCUCCGAUUAGAGAUGAGAACAAUAAUAUAAUCUAA